AGACCCCAAGACAUUCAAAGCUAGAGAGAGAGAGGGAUAAACAGUGUCUGGGUCUCUUUAUAUUUGAAAGUAAAGUGGCCACUCUCAGGCGGAGAGAGACGCAUUUGAUCAAACUCUUCAUCACCCAAAUAUGUGUUCCUUCUCUCUACACUUUUUCAAUCUUUGAAUUCCUUACUUUAUGUUACUAAGUUGGUGCUUGUUUGUCUCUUCUCUUUUUUUUUCUUUUAAUCACGAGCUUCAUGGUUUCUGAUUUUGUACUUUUGAUGAACUGGAAGUUUAUGUUUUGCUUCGUCUGUCUGAUUGUAUGAAUCCCAAAAGAAAAACAUAGCAUCCCUUUUUGUCGUGUUUUCAGUGGCCUUUUUCGCCACUUCACAAGCUUGAAAGGUUAACAGCUUUUCAGUUCCUUGAAAUUUGGAUAAAAAAACACCGCUUUCUGAUCCUCGAGCCUCAAAACUCCAUUUUAUUCCUUUUGCUGUCCAUUGUCAUCUCAUAAGCAGAAAAACCGGAACGAAACUUUAUCAUCAAAUUUUGACAUAAAGUGAUUAAAGUUGACGCUUUCUUUCUUCUAUCUUUACAAAUCUCGGAAAAUUUUGAUAUCUUUUACUCCUUUUGAGAUCACAAGGAUUAAUCGAAAUGCAAGACCCGACGGGUUUUCAACAAAUGAAGGCACCGGUUUUUCCAGAGCAGGAGCAGCUAAAAUGCCCGCGCUGUGACUCAACCAACACUAAAUUCUGUUACUACAACAACUACAACUUAGCUCAGCCCCGCCAUUUCUGCAAGAGCUGCCGGCGUUAUUGGACCAAAGGCGGAGCCCUUCGGAACAUCCCCGUCGGUGGGGGUACCCGCAAGAACUCCAAACGCUCCUCCUCUUCCUCGGACAGUAGCAGCCAACCCAAACGCCAGUCUAACCCCGCUCCGGACUCGAUCCGAAACCAAAAUCUCCCCGACUCCUCUCCGCCGCCGACGAUUCCGCAGCAGGUUCUUCUGAGCUCGGCGGUUCAGAAUUCGGUUUCGAAUGCCGACCAGACCCGGAUGUAUGUCUUGUCCCUUGAUCAUCAAGCAAGGAAGAUGACGGAUAGUGGUGGGAGUUUUAGCUCGCUGCUGGCAUCGAGUGGGCAGUUCGGGAAUCUUCUAAACGGGUUGAAUCCAAAUGGAUCGGGUUCAGAAACAGCACACACGGACGAUUUUGGAGGGAAUUUGGCUUCGGGUCGUGGAAUCGGUCCUAGUUCAGAUCGGGAUCCGAGAUUGAGAGAGAGCAAUAACAAUAACGAUGAGAGUUAUUUCGGUGUACAGGGAGGUGGUGGCGGUGGGGAUACAAAUUGUUGGACUGGCUGUAGCAAUGGCUGGCCUGAUCUUGCUAUUUACACUCCAGGUUCAAGUUUUCACUAGAAAUUAAUAAAUUUCACUUUGUUCUAAUUAUACGGGUGUACUCAGUUUUUUUUUUUUUUUGGGAAUAGUACUUAGGUAAUAUGUAUUUUUUAUAUUAAAAAAUUGCUAUGCUAUAAUAGGAGAUGUAAAUACCAGAAAGACUUGAACGCUACAAUUAUAGAGAUAUUUAGGUUUUCUUCUCAAAUGUGGUAUGAAUGAUGGAGGAAUUAGGAUUUUGUUGCACUUCUGUUGGAGGUGUGGUGUUUGUGCUUAUAAUGCUAUCUUAUUGGUUUCA